CCAUAACCCAUAAUUCAUCUGGACAGUGCUGCAAUCUUUAUGGCGGAUGUUCCUACAUUUUUUAUAGUUCCAAGGGGAAAAUCGUCCGUUAAAAAGAAGGCUCCUUUGCUAUGAAUCCUUCGGGAAGAAAAAUUUUCCAAACUAAACCUCCGGACAGAGGCAGUUUUCCGCUAGACCACGACGGGGAAUGCAAGGAUUUUAUGAUAACGUACAUGCAAUGCCUCAAGAAAAACAAGAACAUGAACUUCAACUGCCGCGCUGAGUCCCAAGCAUACUUGCAGUGCAGGAUGGACAGGUAUUGCUUAAAGCAUUCUGCCUGUUAUGUUAUCAUCAUGAGUUUUCACCUGUUUCUUUUGGAAGGAGCUUGGGUAAUACAGUUGAGAAAGUGUUCUCUGUUUCAGGUUUGAAUACCAGUGAUGUGAGUUGAGUUACAUAGUAGAGUCUUGCCUUUGCUACUGGGUUUUCCUCUGGUUUUCCUCCCUCCACAAAAAACGACAAGCUCAAUUUAGGUUGUGUUUUUAUAUCUUCAAAGUGACCAGGCUGUAUCUUCUUUCUUGUAGUUCAUCCUUACAGUUACAAGAAAGUUGUAUAUUCAAACUCUUUCACAAGAU